UAUAAGCUUACCUGAGCAUCGAAACUCUUGAAUUCCCUUUCUCUUUCUGUGGCUGAGUUUUCUGUCAUGGCCCCAAGAGCAAGUAAAAUUGCUGCACUAGACGUAUUGAGCCUCACUGAUGGUAAUUCUGCUGAAACUGAAACACGGCCUUUAUCCAUAACCUUGGAAGGAUCAAGUUUUCUCGCCAAUGGCCACCCAUUUCUCACCCACGUCCCUGCCAACAUAAUAGCCACACCUUCUCCUUCUUUCUCCUCCGACAAGACCACCAACGCCACCGUCGGUUGUUUCGUGGGCUUCGACGUCCCCGAUGAGCCCCGCAGCCGACACGUCGUUCCUAUUGGCAAGCUCAGAGGCAUUCCAUUCAUGAGUCUAUUCAGAUUCAAGGUGUGGUGGACCACCCACUGGGUCGGAACCAACGGAAACGACGUGGAGCACGAGACCCAAAUGAUGAUCCUAGAUAAAAACGACACCGGUCGCCCUUACGUCUUGCUCUUACCGAUCAUUGAAGGUCCUUUCCGAGCUUCACUCCAACCAGGGUUAAACGACAACGUGGACAUCUGCGUGGAGAGCGGGUCCACGCGUGUCCGUGGGUCGACCUUCAGAAGCUGUCUCUACAUGCAUGUCGGCGAAGACCCUUACCGUUUAAUCAAAGGAGCCAUGAAAGUGAUCAAGGUCCAUUUAGGGACAUUCAAGCUGCUAGAAGAGAAAACCCCACCGGGUAUUGUAGACAAGUUUGGUUGGUGUACAUGGGAUGCGUUUUAUUUGAAGGUACACCCGAAAGGUGUGUGGGAAGGAGUGAAGGGCCUCGUGGAGGGAGGGUGCCCUCCAGGUCUGGUCCUGAUCGACGAUGGCUGGCAAUCAAUCUGUCACGAUGACGACGACCCUAUAACGGACCAAGAAGGUAUGAAUCGGACGGCGGCGGGUGAGCAAAUGCCAUGUAGGCUAAUUAAGUUCCUGGAGAAUUACAAGUUUAGAGACUAUCGUAGUCGUAGGGUACCCUACGAGACGGGGAUGGGAGCGUUUGUGAGGGACCUGAAGGAGGAGUUUAAGAGCGUAGAGCAUGUGUACGUAUGGCACGCGCUUUGUGGCUACUGGGGUGGGAUAAGACCCAACGUGCCGGGGAUGCCGGAGGUUGAGGUGGUUGCUCCGAGGUUGUCGGAAGGAUUGAAGAAGACGAUGGAGGAUCUGGCGGUGGAUAAGAUCGUGAACAACGGCGUCGGGCUGGUCCCACCAAAGCUCGUCCAUCGCAUGUACGAAGGGUUACACGGUCAUUUGGAAUCGGCGGGAAUUGACGGCGUCAAAGUUGACGUUAUACAUUUGCUUGAGAUGCUAUCAGAGGAUUAUGGGGGACGGGUUGAGCUAGCGAAAGCAUAUUACAAAGCUCUUACAGCUUCAGUGAAGAAGCAUUUCAAAGGGAACGGAGUAAUAGCGAGCAUGGAGCACUGUAAUGACUUCUUCCUCCUCGGGACAGAAGCCAUAUCACUCGCCCGCGUUGGGGAUGAUUUCUGGUGCACAGACCCGUCGGGGGAUCCAAACGGUACGUAUUGGCUGCAAGGUUGUCACAUGGUGCACUGCGCGUACAACAGCUUGUGGAUGGGGAACUUUGUGCAGCCUGAUUGGGACAUGUUUCAGUCCACUCAUCCCUGUGCUGAGUUCCACGCUGCUUCUCGAGCAAUCUCUGGUGGGCCCAUUUAUGUGAGCGAUUGUGUGGGCAAGCACAACUUCAAGUUGUUGAAGACUCUAGUCUUGCCUGACGGCUCCAUUUUGCGAUGCCAGCACUAUGCCCUCCCCACCAGAGACUGCUUGUUCAAGGACCCUCUUCAUGAUGGCAAAACCAUGCUCAAGAUUUGGAAUCUCAACAAGUGUACGGGAGUUCUGGGUUUGUUUAACUGCCAAGGGGGAGGGUGGUGUCCGAAAACAAGGCGAAAUCAGAGUGCCUCUGAGUAUUCGCAGAGAGUGACAUGCUUGGCAAGUCCUAAAGAUAUUGAAUGGAGCAAUGGAAAAUGGUCUAUAGCUGCUAAUUCUGAAGGAAGCGAUGUGUUUUUUGUUGUUUAUAAGUUGAAGGAAGAUAAAGUGAAGCUUUUGAAGUAUUCAGAGGAGUUUGAAGUUUCACUUGACCCAUUUAACUUUGAGCUUGUCACUGUUUCUCCUGUCAAAGUUUUGCCUCAAACAUUGGUUCAAUUUGCCCCAAUUGGAUUGGUGAACAUGCUUAAUUCUGGGGGUGCUGUUCAAUCCGUGGAAUUUGAGGAACACCAGAGGUUGGUGAAAAUAGGGUCAAGAGGUUGUGGGGAAAUGAGAAUGUUUGCAUCAGAGAAGCCAAUUAGGUGUAAAAUAAACGGAAAAGAUACAAAUUUUGAAUAUGAAGACAAUAUGAUACGGGUUUCUAUUCCUUGGUUUGAUGGUUCUUUAGGGUUGUCUAUUAUAGAAUACUUGUUUUAAUCCCAAAUAACCUCAAAUUGAAAACUUUAUGAGUUAUUAUUGACUCUAUUGUAUAAACUCUUUUGCUAAAUGUAUGAAAUCAUGCGAAUCUCU